ACAAAAUGCCACCAACGCCUUUUAGUGAAGAACCUAUGGGAGCGUGGAUUGAACAGGUCCGGCUCCUUUCGAGCAGGCUCGAAAAUCCCGCCUACUUGCAAGUCUCCUCAUGAUGCAUAAUUGAGCUGCUGUGCUUCAAAUGCAAACACGGGACUUGGGAGCAGCAGGGUUAUCAUUUUUCCUUCACAAAGGAGAGAAAAUACAGCUAUGGAUCCACUCGUGGGUGCUAUUGACCAGGGCACGAGCUCAACGAGGUUUCUGGUCUUUAAUGCCAAGACAGCUCAAUUAAUCCUUCACCACCAAGUAGAAAUCAACCAAAGUUUUCCAAAGGAGGGGUGGGUGGAGGAAGACCCCAGGGAAAUAAUACAGUCAGUCUAUGAAUGUAUUGAGAAAACAUGUGAGAAACUUAGCCAGCGCAACAUUGAUAUUGGCAACAUAAAAGCGGUGGGUGUGACCAAUCAGAGAGAGACAACCCUAGUUUGGGACAAGCACACUGGAGAACCUCUCUAUAAUGCCAUUGUUUGGCUAGACCUUCGCACACAGUCCACAGUGGAGCGGCUCAUUGAUAAAUCACCAGGCAAAAAUAAGAAUCACCUUAGGCAUAAGACGGGCCUUCCCAUCAGUACCUACUUUAGUGCAGUGAAGCUACGUUGGCUGCUGGAUAACGUCGAAACGGUGCAACGGGCUGUGCAAAGCGGCCGCGCCAUCUUUGGCACGGUGGACUCCUGGAUCAUCUGGUGCCUGACAGGUGGCAGGAAUGGAGGAAUCCACUGCACAGAUGUUACUAAUGCCAGUCGGACCAUGCUCUUCAACAUUCACACUAUGGACUGGGAUCAUGAGCUCUGCAGUUACUUUGAUAUUCCAAUGGAACUUCUCCCCAAAGUCAAAAGCUCCUCUGAAAUAUACGGCUGGAUGAAAACAACCACCCUUGAAGGAGUUCCAAUCUCUGGGUGUCUUGGUGACCAGUCGGCAGCCCUGGUGGGUCAGAUGUGCUUGGAGGACGGCCAGACCAAAAACACGUAUGGGACGGGUUGCUUCAUGCUCCAAAACACAGGGAACAAGCCUGUGAUGUCAGAGCACGGCCUGCUGACCACAGUUGCCUACAAACUGGGAACAGAUCAGCCUCCUUGCUAUGCGCUCGAGGGCUCAGUGGCCAUUGCUGGGGCAGUCGUUCGAUGGCUCAAGGACAAUAUGGGCAUAAUACAAUCCUCCGCAGAGAUUGAGAAGUUAGCUGCCUCAGCAGGGACAUCUUACGGCUGUUAUUUUGUGCCUGCUUUCUCCGGGCUCUAUGCCCCAUAUUGGGAGCCCAGUGCACGAGGCAUCAUCUGUGGCCUCACACAGUUCACCAACAAGAGCCAUUUGGCUUUUGCUGCUCUUGAGGCUGUUUGCUUUCAAACCAGAGAGAUCCUCGAUGCAAUGAAUAUGGACAGUGGUGUACCUGUGGUGCAGCUGCAAGUGGAUGGAGGCAUGACUGCUAACAGAUUGCUGAUGCAGCUCCAGGCUGACAUCCUUGGCGUAUCUGUAGUGAAACCUUCGAUGUCAGAGACAACAGCUCUAGGAGCCGCCAUGGCAGCAGGAGCUGCAGAGGGUGUCAAAGUGUGGAGCCUGAGCCCAAGUGAUCUUCCUCACAUGACUUCUGAAAAAUACGAGCCUCAGAUCAAUACUGACGAGAGUGAGUUCCGCUUUGCUCGCUGGAAGAAGGCUGUCCAACGAUCCAUGAACUGGGAGACGACAGAGCCAGCAGGCUGCGGUGACAACGGUUUAGCCAAGGAGGUGAACAGCAUCCCUUGGGGGCUCUCUCCUUCACCUCCCUCUGUCAGAGUCGACCUCUAAAGAUAACCAGCAGAGACGUUGGAUGGGAAUAAAGGUGCUAGAUGCAGCCACUGCAGAGCUGUCACAUGACUCAUCAGCGGACAAUUGCCAGUUGGAAUGAAGAGUGGAAGCUGUGGAGCAAUGAGAAGGUUUCUCUUUUAUUUGGAAUAAGAGACCACUUCGAAUAAUACAUAAAGUAUUUUCUAGGCAUGGUUAUGACAGGGUUGGAGGGCGGGGCACAUUUGGAGGAUUGAUGGGCUAUGGUAGAUAUUCCAAGUUUGUUUAAAAUUGAAUCAGGAAUGUUGAGUGUAACAAAUAGAAAAUAGUACAGUGGCAUUUGUAUGCAGCAUAUCUGCAACUUUUCAGUUUCCCUGUGCAAUUGAUUGACAAGCACCUUUUUUUCAUCAGAUGGAAUGAAUUACAAAUUACUGUAUUAAAUGUUUUUUUAUUCUUUAACUCGGGGCUUCCACAUGAUCUCAAAUAAGUAAAACAAAGUCAUUCACUAUGCAAGGUCACGUGAGUUGUAUUUAAAUCCAACAUGUUUGCACUAAAGUUUUGUGGACAAAUAUAAUUAGUCAAGCAAACAUGGUGUGUGUGUAUAUAUCUAUCUAUAAAACAUCCAGGAAAUAGCCACAAAAUACAAUUCCUACAAAUUAGGAAGGAAAAAGAACCUUGAGAGCUAUUUUUUCUGAUACUCUGUCAAGGGACCAGUCCGGGCAUUCUGAUAACCCAAUUAACGA